AUGGCGCCGCGCCGCCACCACCGGUUCCCCCGAGGGGAGACAUGCUCCGAGUGUCCCGCACGGCGAUGGUAUCUAGAAAACGGACUGCGGUUCUGCGAGAACGGGCAUCAGGUUGAGGGCUACGUCCAAUUCGACGUCGACGAGGACGACAACUUCGGCAAGACAGGCCACACGGCCCGCAAGAAGCGCGAGGCCCGCCAGAAGGUGCGCAAGCACCUGACCGGCAACGCCGCGCGCGAGCUGUACCUCGAGUGCCUGCAGCUGCUGCUCCGGAAGCAGGUGCUCUGGCUCGUGCGCCGGAAGGGCUUCCACCCGGAGCUCGAGGCCGUGUGUCGCGAUCUGUGGUGCCUGAGGGUUAGGGACUUCCCCGGGUUGGCCAAAGGGGCAAAGAACGGGAAGCCGAGAGAUGGGGACAGGAGGAAGUCUGGUGGUGCUGGUGGGGUGGGAGAAGGGGAAGGGGAUGGGGAUGGGCAGGGUCGGGGGAGCAGCGGCGGGUUGAUGAUGUUCAGCUCGCAGUCGCAGCCGGAGGAGACGUCGCAGAGUGAAGCGGAGGAGAGCGUCCCCGGUUGGACGAGGAAGAGCAGGAGCUGGGCGGGCGAGAUAUGGCCGCUCCCGGGGCCCAUGGAUACGCUAGCGUUGGUGUACUUGGGGUGCGUGCUGAGGCAGGAGCCGGUGCGGAUUGGCGAUGUGUUUCGGUGGGCGAAGAACAACCAGAUUCCUUUCCUUGGGGCGAUCGAUUACGUGCGCAAGGAGUGGCGGGAUAGGCUUCCGGGGUGGGCUCAUAACACUUUGCUGACUCGGUAUGUCCGAUUCAACGGAGGGGAGCUGCACAGAGCCGUCAUGGACCUGAUGCUAGGAUACAAAGAGAACCAUGGGCUGCUAUUUCCAGCGAUCCCAGCGCCGCCAUUGCUGUUCCUCUACAUCAGGGACUUGGCCCUUCCUCCCGAGGUGUAUUCCUUUGCUAAAAGGGCCUGCCUUCUUCUUGGGCUGGGCUUUUCAUUUCCAACACGCGGAGCCAAGGCCAAGAGGCACCCCCUACUCGAUAUGCCAGAAGUGCUAUUAGUGGCCGCUCUUGUGGUAGCAACGAAGCACUUGUACCCCCUUGACGGUGUCGAACGGUUUCCUCAAGAUGUCAGCGAUCCUCUUUGCCUGAAAAUGGACUGGACGGCAUGGGAGUCUGAAUUCCCCAAGAACUCCAAAGAGAAAAAGCCCGGGAUCCUCCAAUAUGAACAUAUGGAUCCGCAAGAGAUAUGGUCUAUGGGAUACGAGGAGAUUAACGUGAUGUUGAGUUGGUUUCAGGAGGCCCAGCUCGAGAAGCACCAAACAGACGAAGCCGAAGUCGACCGCCUUUUCCCACUCAACAGCGUCCAACCGCUGCCGGAGAUUCCCGAGCCAUCACAGGAGGAGAUCGAGGAGAGGAUAAAAAGAGUAGGGAGUGCGAUGAGAAGCGUCAGUCCCAGGCCAGACACUGGUGACACAGCUGAGAAGGUCAAAAGGCUAGGCUCAGAUUACCAGUGCUACAAAGAGGUCAACGAGCUCGAGGGCUCUGUCAAGAAGUUCUACGAAGUGGUGGCCGAGUUGGCCGGAUUGACAGUGCCAGAGCUUGUCCGGGCGGUUUACAGUCUUGAGCUGAUGCUUAGGGAUUGGCAGUUGAAAGAAAAGCGCCGGCUCAAAGAGAAGGAAGAUGAUCACCCUAUACCCCCGGUCGCCGCCGAUUCUAACCCCCACCAAAAUUUACUGUGGUCUUGCGAACUCUCCGUCAACCAUCAGCAGCACAUCCACGAAAAUCGGUCAAGAAUCUUCGUGAAGACCCUCACGGGUAAGACCAUCACCCUCGAGGUCGAGUCCUCGGACACCAUCGACAAUGUCAAGUCGAAGAUCCAGGACAAGGAGGGCAUUCCUCCCGACCAGCAGCGCCUGAUCUUCGCCGGCAAGCAGCUCGAGGAUGGCCGCACUCUCUCUGACUACAACAUUCAGAAGGAGUCGACUCUCCAUCUCGUCCUCCGCCUCCGUGGUGGUAUCAUUGAGCCCUCGCUGAAGGCUCUUGCCUCCAAGUUCAACUGCGACAAGAUGAUCUGCCGCAAGUGCUAUGCCCGUCUCCCGCCCCGUGCGACCAACUGCCGUAAGCGCAAGUGCGGCCACACCAACCAGCUGCGGCCCAAGAAGAAGCUCAAAUAA